CAGCCGCUCUCCUCAUGUGCGCAGUCUCUGAGACUGACCUCACUCGGAUAGUCCGCAUUGUUUGCUUCAGAAGUGGGCGGCUGUUAUCAGGUUCCAGUGAUUUCACGAUGACAGACGCGGUGAUGGGCACGAAAGGUGUCCAUGUGCAGUCUGGACCGUGUCUCGGUGCCGAGCUGACUGAUGAGGAGAAGGAGAUCAUCAACAGCGUCAUCGUCCGCGCCGAAAAAAUGGAGGCAAUGGAGCAAGAGAGGAUUGGACGUCUGGUGAAUCGUCUGGACAACAUGAAAAAAGCCGUUUGUGGGGACGGAGUGUCGCUCUGCCUUUUAUGUGGAGAGCAGCUGGGAACCGGAGGGGACAGACCAGUGGUUUGUGAGGACUGUAAAAAGAACAUGUGCACCAAGUGUGGAGUGCAGGCGAACGCUCGGCCGCGGUCUGUGUGGCUCUGCAAGAUCUGCAGUGAGCAGAGAGAGGUAUGGAAGCGAUCUGGAGCCUGGUUCUUCAAAGGUCUCCCUAAGCAGUUCUUGCCCUCACCGAUGCCCAUUUCCAGAGCCAGAGAUCCCAGUCCUAAGAAGAGCCCUGCAGCUCCUCCAGCGACUGUGCAAUCUCAAGAACCGGCCGCAGCUCCAGAGCCGGCAGUGGAUCCACCGAUCACCCGAAAACCACCUGUGGCUCCAAAACCUGCUCAUCUUCAAUCUCGCAGUUGCUCAGAGGAGGAUGGAGAUGCGGGAAGCUCCCAGAAUACCCCAGUUCUGAUGAAGAAGACGGUGAACGUCCACGCGGCCAGACCAGUCCCAUCAGGCACAUACCAGCCGGCUGCUCAGGAGGCAGAGAGAGGAGCCUAUCAAUCCAUUAGCACUGCGUCUCAUGCGCAGGAGAGAGCCCAUCCCGCAGAGAGAGAGGAGCAGAAGCCUGCUGUCGGCCCUCGAGCCGCUCCGCCAGCGGACGACGAGGAGGAGGCCAACAGCUAUGACUCCGAUGAAGCAACAACUCUGGGAUCACUAGAGUUCACUUUACUGUAUGACCAAGGGAACAACAGCCUCCACUGCAGCAUUAUUAGAGCGAAGGGUUUGAAGCCGAUGGAUUCGAAUGGACUGGCAGAUCCUUAUGUUAAGCUUCAUCUGUUACCGGGUGCGAGCAAGUCAAAUAAAUUACGCACCAAGACCCUACGCAACACUCGCAACCCAACCUGGAAUGAGACGCUGGUGUACCACGGGCUGACAGACGACGACAUGCAGCGCAAGACCCUCAGGUUUCAGUCACACACAUUGCUCUCCAGUACAGCUGCCGUGACUGGGAAGGAUGGAUCUGAGCUGGAAGAGAGAGGACGAAUCCUGAUAUCCCUCAUGUACAGCAGUCAGCUGAGUCGUCUCAUUGUAGGUGUUGUACGCUGUGUUCACUUAGCUGCAAUGGAUGCGAAUGGGUAUUCUGAUCCUUUUGUCAAAAUAUAUCUGAAACCUGAUAUGGGGAAGAAAGCGAAGAACAAGACGCAGACCAAGAAGAAAACACUCAACCCAGAGUUUAAUGAGGAAUUCAGCUAUGAAAUUAAGCAUGCAGAGCUGGCCAAAAAGACUCUUGACAUCUCAGUAUGGGACUAUGACAUAGGCAAAUGCAAUGACUAUAUAGGAGGCUGUCAGCUGGGUAUCACUGCCAAAGGUGAGCGUUUGAAGCACUGGUACGAAUGCCUCAAGAACAAAGACAAGAAGAUCGAGCGCUGGCAUACUCUGCUCAACGAGAAUCACAUCUCCAGCGAUUAGGCUCUCAAAGCAUUCUGCAUGCCCUUAAGUUGUACUCUGCCCAUUUUUCAACUCCAUUCCCCUCCACUAUCUGCAUAUCUUGGGCUAUACCGAUCUUGCUCUUGUCCGGCUG